CUUUUAUUCGCCUCGCGUAGGCGUUAUUAUGUUCUAGUUUUACUAUUUCUGUUGAAAUUGUCGUUCCUUCAAUAAUGCGAAUCUAGUUAUCGUUACGCGACUAAUAGUACUUGUUUCCCGAGUACCGACAAUAAAGAGCUUUACAUAUUAGCUAUCGGAGAUUCUUUCCUUCCCAUCCUUCAAAGUGUUGCCCAUACUAGGACGUCGUCCGCUCUUGCGGACGGGGGUGUGCGACUUCUGUUUUACAGCGGGAUAUCGUCCGGGCCGGUGGGCCAGUAACCGAUUCUCGUCAACAUGGAUGCAAGAUGCAGACGAGGUAGCAAGAGAGACAGACACACGCCCAUUGUCCGGGCGAAUUCACCUCCUUGGAAUUGGAAAUGUAGGGUCGUUUGUUGCCCAUUCAUUAGCGGGUCGUCAAUCCCCGCCGCCGAUGACCUUACUCCUACAUCAUUCGAACGUCUAUCGAUCAUGGAUCUCAAAAAAAGAGUGUAUAGCGAUAAACGUGAACGGGUUGGACGAUGUCAAGUCCGGUUUUGACGUUAAUGUCAAGAGCAGUGACAGUGAUACGUGGUAUUCGUUACCUUGGGAUAAAGAUGGUACACCGGAGGAGAGAGAUAGGACUCUUAGCGAGAAGCUCAAGGACGGAAAUAUCGAAAAGUCACUAGCACAGUCGGAGGUAGACAAUAGCACAAUUGAGUGUGCGGUUGUUACUGUCAAGGCAAACCAAACGGUCAGAGCUGUGUCGUCCAUCAGCCAUCGUUUAACUCGGGACUCUACCAUUCUCCUACUGCAAAACGGAAUGGGAACGAUCGAUGAACUCAAUGAAAAGGUUUUCCCGGACCCGUCGAAUCGUCCGCAUUACAUGACGGGCAUUUUCUCCCACGGUUUGUACCAAAUGUCACCAUUCCAGGUGGUUCACACUGGUAUCGGUACCACUGUUCUCAGCCCUGCACCGUCAAGGGAAGUUGUUGCUACUGCGGGCGACAAUGACGCAGAUUGGGCACCCACGACUAAAUACCUAUUACGCACCUUAACCUUGACACCACCCCUCGUUGCCUUUGCAGAAACGCCAUCAUCCAUCAUCCAGUACCAGCUGGAGAAGCUAGCCAUGAAUGCGGUGAUCAACCCUCUGACAUCUCUCAUGGAAUGCAAAAACGGCGAGAUUCUUUACAACUACAAAUUCACUCGAGUCAUGCGUUUACUUCUCAUCGAGACAUCUAGCGUGAUUUUAGCCCUCCCGGAAGUGCAAGGCAUCCCAGGGAUCGAAGCGCGUUUCGAUCCGGAACGUCUGCGGUGGAUGGCAGUGCAGCUUGCAAGCAAGACUCGUCACAACAUGAGCUCCAUGCUUCAAGAUAUGUUGAGCGGGAAAGCGACGGAGAUUGAAUAUAUCAAUGGGUAUAUCGUACGCCGGGGCGAAGAGCUUGGGAUCAAAUGCGUAGUGAAUUUUAUGAUUAAGGAGAUGGUGCAAGCUAGGGUAGCGUUACUGCACCAGCGAGAAUCGGGGGCUGUUCCCAUGGAUCUUUCAGGAUUUGAGGAUAAACAGUGAGAUCUAUCUCUCUUUUGAAACAACCUAUUGUCCAAGAACUAUAUACAUUCGUGUAUUCUAUUUGCACCCUAACAAGACACGGCUUCCACUGCCUGUUGACACAAAUCAUAGAUCUGCUUCCACCGUUUUAAAAGCAUUCCAGUUUUACCAUCUGCUUCACUAGUCAUACCCUCCAACUUUGCAAUCGUUGCACUAGCCUCUUUGCCGUACACUUUUAUCCAUUC